AUGAGAAGGUCGAGGACUACACGCCGCACGAAGAAUCUGAGAGAUGCGCGACACGACCGAGUGCUGAGACGGAGUUCGCUCUGGGACCGGAUCAAGGGUUACAUAUUUGGAGAUCUGGAGGAUCCCUCUGCAAGGGUCGCCGUUUUAGAGGGCCAAAUGGAGCGUCUGCGUCGGCAGUUGGUGAGCACGCGCAAUAAGCUGCGUUACGCGCGGGAGAAGAACACGCUCUACCAGAAACUGCUGGACGACGCAGACGUGGACACGACGUACGUGAAGUCGAAAAGACGGAUCCAGAACCUGCAACCGCCCGCAGCGCAGCAGGAGAAGGACACAGUGAAGACACUGCCACCGUCGCCAAAGAGGCCCGUGGCGCCACUGGUGACUUCCUCCCCGAUCAGGACGAAACAGGCUAGCAAGCCCGGGAGGUCCAAUCUCGUGGAAAAUCCGCCGCUGAUGAGCGACUACCACAAAUUCAAGAGUCUUCCCACUACAGAGUCUAUGCAAAGAUCCGACUAG